AUGUCCACCCCCUUCGCCAAAGCAAUGGCUCUCAUCGACGCCGCCCACGCCCAAGACCCACGGCGCAUCCCCAUCCCCAAAUCCCAAUCCACGAACCCCUCCGAACCCCCCACCGCCUCCUCCGCCGCCCAGCCCGAAUCCGCCUCCUCCUCCAACGACACCGACACGAUCCCCUACGAACUACACUACGCGCAAAAAAUGACCCACUACCUCACCCUGCGCUGCUCGGACCCCUCCACCCCCGCCCCAUCGGAACCGCUCUCCCUCGCCAUCCGCGCCCAGCACCUCCGCCGCUGGGAGAUCCCGCGCGCCAGCUACCCCAUGACCAAAAUCGGCUACCACAGCUGGCGGUCGGCGCUGCAGCGGCACCAGGCGCAGAUCGCCGAGGCCAUGUGUCUGGAGGCCGGGUACGGGGGGCCCGAGGCGGCGCGGGUCGCGGCGCUGGUGCGCAAGGAGGAUCUGAAGGCCGGGGACCCCGAGACGCAGGUGCUGGAGGACGUGGCGUGCCUGGUGUUCCUGGAUGAUCAGCUGGAGGGGUUUGCGGGGGAGAAGGGGGCCGAGUAUGGGGAGGAGAAGAUGUUGGGGAUCUUGAGGAAGACGUGGGCGAAGAUGUCGGAGCCCGGGAGGGCGUUGGCGCUGGGGAUUGAGAUUCGGGAUGAGGGUGUUAAGGAGUUGGUGGGGAGGGCGGUGCAGGGGUAG